AUGCCUGUCGAGAAGCGCCCUUCGCACAUGCUCGACGAUGAGAAUGUCGAUUUUUCCGCAAGUACAACUGCUUGGUCGAGUCCGAAACAAACAGAGCUGCCAGAGGAGAGAGUAAAUCAAGAUUCCAACGGAGGAAAGGACUAUACAGGUGGGUCUUCUUCUGAUGAGAAAGAGGAUCUUUGGGGUGUAAACAUCGACCGACUUUAG